AUGCGGUCCUCGGUCUCCGUCGCGGCAGUGGCCCUUGCCCUGUUGCAGGGCACCAACGCCUUGAAUGCCGCCAUUCAGCGCAAGCUUAAUUUGCUUGCCGAUAUGGGCAUCAACCCAGAUGGCUCGCCCAUGGUCACUUUCUCGGACGACGCCGACAGCGCUUUCGAUGCUUCAGCUCUCAGAACCCUCAAGGUUGCGACGACGUCAAACAGCCCGGCUGUGUUGGCUGCUGCGCCGCUCAGAAACAUCACUCCGGAAUAUGUCGAGCUGCCACUCGACCACUUCGCCUACAAGAAAGGCCAGGAUCCUUCUUACCAUGGCACCUUCUUCAACAGGUACUGGGUCAACAUGGAUGCGUACAAGCCUGGCGGUCCCGUUUUCCUCUACGACGCGGGCGAGGCAGAUGCAGAGCCGGGUGCGCGGACCAGGCUGCUGAACGAAACCAGCUUUUUCAAGCAGCUCGUCGAUGAUUAUAACGGUAUUGGAAUCGUAUGGGAGCACCGCUUCUACGGAAACUCAACACCCACGCCAAUCGACCUCAACACGCCAGCCGAGGCAUUCGAGUUCCUGAACACGGAGCAGUCGCUUAAGGAUGUCGACGCCUUUGCUAGGCAGUUCAGCAGGAAGGGUGUCAAUACUACGCUCACACCCGACAAGACUCCUUGGGUUUUCGUUGGUGGCUCAUACCCCGGUAUGAGGGCCGCUUUCAUGCGCAACAUGUACCCCGACACUAUCCACGCGUCUUGGGCCUCUUCAGCUCCCGUCGAAGCUUCCGUUGACCAAAGCUUCUACUUUUCACCUAUCUGGCGCGGUAUGCAUGCCAAGGGCUUCGGAAACUGCUCGGAGGAUAUCCAUGCUGCUGUUAACUACAUAGACAACAUCAUGGACACAGACUCACGCGCAACCGCCAAGCUCAAGGAGCAGUUCCUUGGACUUGGAGCUGCCAACAACUCUAACCCAACCUUUGCUGAUGCUCUUACAACCCCCUUCUACCUAUGGCAGUCUUACGGUAUGGAAGGUGGAUCUGUGGGUCUUCGUCAAUUCUGCGACUAUCUCGAGAAAGACCCCAAGACGAACACUACAGCUCCCGCGGAGGGCUGGUCCAAGAGCAAGGGCGCGAAAUGGACGGUUGAUCGAUGGGCGAGCUACCCUGUCUUUGCCAACAACACGAACGAUUUCAUGGAAACCGAGUGCUCGGGCAAGUUGAACGUGACCGGUAACUGUGACCUGAACCAGAGGUUCACAGACCCCGCUUCCAUUGCCUGGACGUGGCAAUACUGCACACAGUGGGGAUACUUCCAAUCCGCCAACCUCGGAUCCCAGCAACUCGUGUCCAAGUACAACUCGCUUGAACACCAAAAGGACAUCUGCCACCGCCAAUUCCCCAACGCUCCCAAGUCGCUCUUCCCCGAGUGGCCAAACACCGCCCGCACCAACAAGAUCUUCGGAGGCUGGGAUAUCCGUCCUUCAAACACCUACUGGUCCAACGGUGAAUUCGAUCCCUGGCGCACUCUCUCCCCCGCUUCUGCUGAGCCCUUUGCCCCCAAGGGCGUUCAAGUCAUCCAGGACGUGCCCAAGUGUGGAAAGAAGACUAGCAAGAACGAGUUAUUCGGUUUGGUCCUCAAGGACGCGCAGCAUUGCUACGACUUCAGGACUACGGGUUCUACCGUGCCCGAUGGACCCGUUAGCCGGACGUUGUUCAGGAAAGCGCUAAGCGAGUGGCUGCAGUGCUACAAGCCAAAGAAGGGCCAAUCGAAGCCUUGGAAUGCCUAG